UAUUUAUAUAGGACGGCAGAACGACCAUUAAGUCAGUCUUGAGCUGCGAGUCGGAAGUACCGGUUGUGACAGUGCGAGGGGGAAUUUAACUUAGGAUUAUUUUAAAAUAAGAAAAAAUGGCGGGCCUACUACCUCUCCUCAUAGCCUCCCUCGCCAUGUGUUCGGCCGACAACCCCCUCUCAGGGCUCAAACAAGCCCUCCCUUCAGUUCCCACCCCCUCAGCGCCAUCCAUAAACGAUGCGGUGAAAGUACGCGACGCAGUGACGGGAAACGUUUCGGACGCGGCCGGCAGCUUCGGAAGGGGCGUGCAGAAAGAGAUAGCUGCUGUAAAGCAGCCUAUAGAUGAAACUAUUGCUUUCAUCGGAUCUAGCCAAUGUACAAAUGUGAAGAAGAUCUUCGGAGUAGCGUACGAGAACUACGAGGGAGAUGACGAGCCCCAACUGGACCGACUGACUCUAGAGUACCGAGACCCUGGCAUACGCACGAUAUACAACAUCAGCAGCGCGGCGGAGCGCAUACCUCUGGCCAGAGAAUUCAACCCCGCGCAGAAACUAUACAUCUUCGUCCAUGGAUUUACUGAUGACCCCAGCAAAGGAAGUUAUAGUGCUAUCAGCGAAGCACUUUUGAGCCAAGGAAAAUCCAACGUUCUGGCCCUGGAUGCCAGCGCGCUGAUUAAAUGGCUGUACCUACGCUCCUCGACCUACGUGCGGUUCAUCGGAGAGAGGCUGGGAGAAGUACUCGCCGCUAUGGUUAACAAGGGCCACAACCCCUCCGGCAUCCACAUCAUCGGACACAGCCUGGGCGCCCACAUCUCCGGCUUCACCGGCAAGACCUUCGCCAACCUGACCGGCUACAAGGUGGGCCGGAUCACCGGGCUCGACCCGGCCGGGCCGUGCUUCAGCCAUGUGGAACCCGAGUUGAGGCUCAAGGCCACUGACGCGGAGUAUGUAGAUGUUAUACAUACAGACGCUGGUGUUUAUGGAUUGAAGGAUCCUGUUGGUCAAGUGGACUACUUCCCAAACAGCGGCUCUCAGCAGCCCAACUGUCUCUUCCAGACGUGUAGCCACAGCCGCGCAUGGGUGUACUUCGCCGAGUCGGUGAAGACCCCUGAGGCGUUCCCUGCGCGGAGGUGCAAAGAUUAUGAGGCGUUCAAGAAGGCCCAGUGCGACAGUGAUAUUAGUCCCAUGGGUUUCGCCUCGCAACCGGGCACGAUCGGGCGCUACUUCCUGCAGACCGGCGAAGACAGCCCGUACGGCCUCGGCAAGCAGGGCUUGACGUGGAAAAACAACGAGGGGAUUGUGAGGAACAUCGGCUCCAAAGUGUCUAACUUGUUUGGUUAAUUAUUAGACCAUAGGAUAAAAUACCUAGUAUCUGUAAGGACGGGUGUUUAUAGAUAAAAAAAAUGACUUAAUGUGCAUUAUGGAGAGGUAAGGAAUGCAAUCUCCAUAGGCAGAACUGUUGCAAGUGUCCAGCUGUCAGUCAUAAAUAAUAGUUCCAAAACUUUCCAGAGUAGCGCUAGAGUAGCUAAGAACCUAGGCGUUAUUGAUGGAGUGAAGUGCGCUGUCUAUGAUUUGUUUUUUUUUUUUUCUCAAAUAUUCAAGGUAUUGUAGCGCCACCUAUUUAAGGUUUUUUGACGGACACUUUUUGGUUUACGGAGAUUGCAUUCCUUACUUCUACCUUCCAUAAUGCGCAUUUUCCAUUUAUGACAUUUGCGCCUUCGUUUUUUUUUUCAAUACUGAAUUUGUUGGGUUUGUAUGAAAGUAGAAAGCCAUGACACGAAUUUCGCUAUAGGUAGCCUCGGUUUAAGUCGCGAACCUCUUCAAUGGAUUUGCGUUUUUAGCCGACGACAUGGUUUUUAUGUUUGCCAUUCAUUCAUGUGCUCGUAGGCGUUGUAUGUAUUAAAAUUGUACUACCGACCCGUCCCGUCUUCGCACAGGUAUUAAUUAUACGCCUAAAUCUUCCUCAAGAAUCACUCCAUUGAUAGAUAAAAACCGCAUGAAAAUACGUUCAUUCUUUUUUGAGUUUCUCGCGAACAUACAGACAGACGUGGCAGGGGUCGCAGGGGACUUUGUUUUAUAAGUUGUAUUAAAGAGUAAUAACAAUGAAUACGUACGCGCGUUAUAGCUAUUUUAUGGUGAUACCCGCCAUUUUUUUGCUCAAUUAUCGUCUCAGUUCCAAGAACUUAAGUGAUCGAAUAACUGUAUUAAUAUUUUAUAAAAGUUUGAAUACAUUAACCCCCUUAUUUAUAAACGUGUACUAAAGUUACGAUGCCGCUGAUCAUCGUUUGUCCCUUUCCAUCUUACCUAUACAUCGGAAAGGGACAAACGAUGAUCAGCGGCAUCGUAACUUUAGUACUUUAGGAAUAAAGGUGCGACCAGACCGCAGCUUAAAAAACGGUCACGAUACGGAAUCGCAGUGACGCGUUGUAUGCGUACCGUUUUUGACGCAUGCUCCCCACACCGCUGAUAAAAUACGCUGACGCACCGUAAAUUGAUCUGCGUAAAAAUCGCAAAAAAUAUUACACGGAGAUCUUAUGGCAGACACCACACCGGUGACGUAUAAAAGACGCAACUGUUUUGUAAACAAAAAAGAUUCGCGUGAAGCACGUCAUUGCGAUUCCGUACCGUCACCGUUUUUUAAGCAGCGGUGUGGGGAGCAUGCGUCAAAAACGGUACGCAUACGACGCGUCACUGCGAUUCCGUAUCGUGACCGUUUUUUAAGCUGCGGUCUGGUCGCACCUUAAGGGGGUUAAUGUGCUCGUAGCAAAUCGUGAUUACCGUCGAUUUGAUACUAAAUUUUUAUUUGUUAAGUUUGACAUAUACUUAGUUAAAUCAUUUAUGUAGUUUUAAAUUGUAGACCAAUACCUCAAUAGAGAUUCAAUAGUACAUGAAUUGUGAUAUUAUGAAAAAUAUUUGUACCAACAUCGAAUACAAAUAAAAAAUUAA